GAUGAAGAAAGGGGCGACCUGCACCAACAAACACACGCACACAGUCAGUCGCUGAUUCUCUCGCGCCAAAGCCGAACCUAUCGCUCCGACACAGCUAUAUCGCUGUAUUUCGUCUCGAAUUUUCGUCACUAAAGUAACUGAGAAAGACUGACAAGAUGAGCCGGGGCACCAAAGCUCUCGAGAUCUGGUGCAAGAGGGUCACGGAUGGCUACCCUGGCGUCUCGGUGGACAACAUGACCACCUCCUGGCGAGACGGACUCGCCUUCUGCGCCCUCAUCCACCGCUUCCGCCCAGACUUGAUUGAGUUUGACCGCUUGAGCAGCAAAGACAUUUACCACAACAAUGACCUGGCGUUCACGACCGCGGAGCGCCACUUGGGCAUCCCGGCGCUGCUGGACGCUGAGGACAUGGUCGAGUUCCAAGUUCCGGACCGCCUCUCUGUGCUCACCUACGUGGCCCAGUUCUACAAGACUUUCGGCGAGACCUCCUUCGCCAUGGGGCUCAUCUCGCCCGGCCGCGGCAGCCCUCUGAAGCGCGAACACAGCGAGGGCAGUCCAGUCAACACGCCUGCUACCACCCCAGAGUCCGAGACGCCGCCCAAAAAGCAGAACGUCCUGGCGUUAGGUCGUCGGGAGCUGUGCGCGGGGUGCGGUGAGGCGGUGUUCCUGGCGGAGCGGCUGCGGAUCGGCGGCCGCACGUUCCACCGGCGGUGUCUUCGGUGUGCUCGCUGCGGGGCCCAGCUCAGCCUGGCCAACUGCUACGAAACAGAGAAGGACACCUUCUGCUGCGAGGUCUGCCCCGACGAGGAGGGCAGCGAGCACACGGACAGCGACGCCGGCGCCGCGCCCGACCAGGAACAGGACGACGAGUGGAGCGCCUCGUGCGAGAGCGCCCUCGAGGCGCACCACCCGCCGCCCUCGCCCUCACCCGCCCCCAAGCACGAAGAAAACAAUGUUACCAGCAACAGCAGCAGCGCUCGUGAUCUCGACGCGAUCUCACAGGCUGAAACAACGCAUCAAGUUGCGCCCGAGCCGCAAGAGGAAGCGGCAGUGGCGAAAGCGCCAGAGUUGCCCGCCACCGCGCCGCCGUCCGCGGUUGGCAAGUGGCUUUUGCAAGCUGAUGACGAGCCGACACAAAAUAUUAGCAGUAUUAAGGAGCCAACAACAGAUGUAAAUAGCAGCGAAACGGCAGGCAUGAAACAGGAAGAGGAAUCGCAAGCGGCUCCUGAAGAGCAGAAGGUCGCUACAGACACAAAUAAAGAGGUGCCGAAAAUUGUUGUCGAGGAAACUAAGGAGGAAUACCCCGAUGACUUGAAUCCCUUUGGUGAUGAGGAGGAGGAGGAGCAACCGGCACAAGAGGAGAAGAAAGAAAGCCCCAAGAGAGUUAUCUCUCUAAAUCCGUUUGGCUCUGACAGUGAGGAAGAGGAGGAAGUGAAACCCACACCUCGUAAAAUCAUCCCAGUGGAGCCCAGUUUAAAUCCCUUUUGGGAGGAUGGCGAGGAAGAUGAGGAGGAGGAAACACAAACACAGCCAACACCUAGGCCGCGACAUAGGUCUACCCUAAAUGAUGUGCCUAGCUCUCCAUGUCCAGCUCCUAGAAUUUCUCUCCCGGCCAGCAGUCCCCUAAAUUCUCUGAGAAAAAAGAAAAAGCCGCCUCCACCACCUCCACCAGUCACGCCGAACAAUGCCAGUCCGGCCCCAUCGCCCUCAGGCACCCUGAGCAAGACGAGAAAAACCCGGCGAGCACCACUGCCUCCAGGCAGCUCAUCCGCCAAAGAAACCAAGGACGAGCUGAACCGGCGGCAGCAGCUGGCGCCUGAGAAGAGCCACCAGGGCGAGUGGAAGCGCAAAAAACGCCAAGCACCUGGCCUGCCCAUCCCGACCAGGAGGCAGAUUGUGCCGAUUCCGCUGGAAGAGGCGCGCCAGGAGCUGGAAAUGAUCGAGGUGCAACAACGAGGCCUUGAAAAGCAGGGCGUGCGGCUUGAGGAGGAAAUCCGCUCGCGGCUGGAAAAGAGCGUCAGCUCAGAGGAUGAGAGCAGUCUGCCUGUGGAGGUGGAGGAAAUGGUUAUGCAGCUAAUGGACCUUGUCAUGGAAAAGAACGAACUUUUCCGAAGGCAGGCAGAACUUAUGUACAUGAAGAGGCAGCAUCGUCUAGAGGAGCAACAGGCUGAGCUCGAAUGGCAGAUACGCUGUCUGCUGCACAAGCGUGACAAGACUGAGGAGGACGCUGCGUUAGAGGAAGAGCUGAUUAACAGGCUGGUCGACGUUGUUGAACAAAGAAACGAAAUAGUUGACUGCUUGGAGAUGGACCGCAAGAGAGAGGCUGACGAGGACAAGAGCGUCCGGGAACACAGGCAAAAGAUGACCGAUCGCCAUCUUAAUACAGAGGAGGCCAAACAGGAGAUAAUAAAAAGCAAGGGGAAGAAGUUGAAGCUAAAAUUGCUGCAGAAAAAUAAAAAGGACAAGAAGAAAAAAGACAAAGAAAAGGAUUCGGAGGCAGAAAGUUCUCCAGGGAAAAGUAGCCAAAAAUCGCCCAAGAAAAAGUGGUUUUGAUAAAAUAACCCUGAUAUUGAUAGAGGCGCAGAUUAUAAUAAAACCCUCUUUAAAUCGAUACCAAUCAUGACUCAAUUAUUAUUGUUGCUGAUCGUUUUUAGUCAGCGCUAUGAAUAUGUGCCUUACUAGAUUUCUAUUAUGUUUACUGCCUGCCUUGUUACGCUAUGUUGGAGCAAUACCUAGUUGUAAACAGUUUAUGAAUGUAUUUUCCUCAUUUUUUGUAAAUAUCACAUGAUUUGCGCUCUAGUAGCACACUUUUUGCACAAACGUUGUGCUUCAUGAAUAAAAUGUAAGUUCAAUUUAU